AUGGAGCAGAAGAAAAUACUUCUGGAAUUCAUUAAGAAACACCCAAAUCUGGCAUCCGGGAAAUUUUCCAAUAAUUUCAGUCAGAAGGAAGCCCAGAGAUUAUGGCAAGAAUUAACUGUCAUAUUGAACAGUUGUGGUACCGAUAAAGAUUGGAAAUCUUGGCGGAAGACAUGGCAGGACAUUAGGUCCAGAACUAAAAUCAAAAAUAGUGAGUACCACAAACAAAGGAGGCGUACUGGGGGUGGACCUUGCCCAGAAAUCACAACUAAUGAAUUCGAAAAUGAAGUUCUUGACACUAUAAAAUUAGUGUCCAUACAAGGGCACCAAGAAGUGUUGGAAUCAGCAACUGAUUUCACAUUUGAUAGUUCACAUGACAAUGAAUCAGUUUUUGAAGAUGAUAGACUGGAUGAUGAUUAUACACAAAAAAUAGAUGAAGUGCCCAGGGCUCUUAGAGAUCACAAUUCAGUAAUGAUCUCUGAACUUACAAGUUCUGAGGCAAUUCCUUCAGCAGUUCCAGUGGCCAAACAAAAUCCAGAGGUGCCAAUAAUGAAAAAAAAGUUUCCACGUGCACCGCGCAAGAAACUAAUUUAUGCAUCUGAGGCUGCUGAAAAUUAUAAAGCUUCUCUAGACAAAAAAAAUGCCAUAAAGUCUAAAUAUUAUGAGAAAAAAUUAACUAUUCUAGAGAGGAUUGCAGUGGCCAAAGAACAAUCAGCAGCUGCUAAAGAAAGGGCUGCAACUGCAUUGGAAAGAUCUGCAAAUGCUGCUGAAGAAAUUGCUUCAGAACUUUCCACUGGCAUAAAAGCAAUAUUAGAAGCCUUUUGCUAA